AUGCGCUCUCAUCACCGUAGCCGUAGCCGAGGGCCUCUCUCAUUCACGGCCGCCCUGACAUUAGGCGCCGUCAUCGUCCUUACACUCUACUUUUACUCUCCACUGCAAUUCUUGACAAUGUCCUCUGAAUCCUCGUCCUUCCUCGACAAUCUCGAGCUGAGCCUCUCCCAGUCCGGCACGUCGCCCCCAAAAAUCUCAGUGCUCGUCAAGAACACCCACCCGGACACGCCCGUGACGUUCCUGAAAUGGAACUCCCCGCUUGACCCUGCGGCCCUCGCCCUGGGUCAGGUGUCCAUACAACCGGCUGGGGCCUUCAAGCCGAUCGAGGCCCACGCCAUCAUGAUCAAGCGCAAGAUGCCACCCGGCGCCGAGUCGCUCGUGACGCUGCGGCCUGGCGAGAGCGCGGACCAGGUUGUCGAACUGCGCGAGCCGAGGGUACCGGGAUAUGUGUUGGAGGCUGGCAAGGCCAAAGUGGCGAUGAAGGGGAGAUGGAUGGCCGUCUGGCCCGGCAUGACCACGGAGGAGGUAUUGCAAAGUCCGGAAACGUUGCGGUCCGUCGGUGCUGGCGCAGGAUCCUUGAUUGGGGAGUGGGAGACGGAGACCAUUGAGGUUGGAAACUGA